AUGAAAACAAGGAAUUCUUAGAGAUAAUCAUAAAGAGAAGACUUGUCAGUGACUUGUUAAGAGGUAUUAACUAUAAUUUCUCAAAAAUCUCAUACCUUAUAUAUUAACUAUUUUUAAGCCUUAUUUUAGAAUGUAUCUAUGAGUGAUUUUCCCCUUUACAGCAGUGCUCAAACUCCUCGAAAGAAAAGAGGACCAAUAAGCAAGAAACACAAAUAUACCACAAUAAAUUUGAAAAAACACAAAUCCUCGAAAUAAUUUAUCUGCUAUGAAGACAGAGAUUUAAAUAUUCCCGAGAAAUACUAAUCAAUGUUAUAAAAACAUAAAUCAGAUGACGAUAGAGAGUCUGAUUCAGAACAAAUUAAACACGCCAUCAACUACUUGUACAAAGACCUAUUAUAAUGUAUUGAAAGAGAAAAGAAUUGA